CACAUCUGAAUGGUUCCAUUCAGAUCUGAUCCAUUCAGAUAUUAGAAGUCGCUGAAUGAACUUUCUUCACAAAAUACCCUUUGCCCUACCUGUUCUCCCUCUCGCUCUUCACAGUCGCUCCGCCUCCAUCUCCAUCUUCCUCCACCGGCCUCCUCCACCUCACCGGCCUCCUCCACCUCACCGCCCCUCCUCCACAGCCUUCACCUCUGUCGCCGCCCCUCCUCCACCGUCUCUCCUCCACAGCGCCGCUACUCACCUCAGCCUUCAUCUCCGUCGCCGCCCUCAUCCUCUCCCCUUCAACAUCGACGUCUCCAUCUUCACUGCUUCCUCCAUCCACCGGCUUCCUCCCUGCACCGGCCUCCUCCACCACGUCGGCCCCCCACCACGUCGGCCUUCUACCUCGUCUCUCCUCCGCAUCUGCUGUUCUCGUCAUCUCUCCUCCACAGAAUUUUGAGGUGUCGUUGGAAUGUGCAAAUUGGUGAUACUGGAAUGUAACCAUGUUAAAUUUGAGUUGGUAUUUUCAUUCUUUAACAAUAUCGAUUCAAGCCCUAGUAUGUAUAAUGUGCAACUUUUUUAUAUAUAUUUUGUAUAUAUGUAUGAUUAGAAACAGAUUAUUAAUUGUUUGGUAAUAUUGGUAUAUUGAUUUUAUU